AUGUCGUCAUCAUCGACAGUGAUAACACGGAAAACACGUUCAACAAAUAUUAUCGAUGGAUCAAAUAUCCACGAUGAUUUUCAUUCUAAUCUUCAUUCAUCAACACAAUUCAUCAAUAUUUAUAAUCAAUAUUUUCAAUCUCAAAUCAAUCGUUCAUUAUUAAUUCAUACACUUUCAAAUAUAUUAAUAUUAGAAAAUCUUGAUAAGAAUAUUUCUUUAUUUAUUCUUGAUUGUUUAAUAACAAAUUCAGAUAAUUUAUCUGAUAUACAAUUUAAACAAGAUAUAUUACCAUUUAUUAAACAUAUAUUUAUAACUAAUCAUGAAAAUAAUACGGAGAUAUUAUUAUCAACAAUACGAUUACUUAUUGUACUUGUUGAAUAUCGAUCAAAUAUUCUCAUUUUAACAUUAGCCGAAUGGUUAUCAUGUUUAUUUAAUUUUCUUUCGUUACAUUUUUCAUCAACAACAUGGUGUACAUUAUUUAGUGAUUUAAUAAAUGAUUUACUUUCGAAAAUAAUUAAACAAUUUACACCAUUAUCAAAAGAUAUCGUUGAUAUUCUUGUUCGAUCAUCAUCAAUUAUUUCAACUGAUUUUCUAAAUCAAUUAAAAUUAUGGAAUAAAAAUACAGAUGAUACACGAUUAGCUUUAUUUUCUAUUAAUCUAUGGCAAUCAUUAGCAAUUCUACUUAGUCGAUUAAUAGUACGAGGUCAUACAAAAGGAAAUGAAUUAUUAGCUGUUAUUGAAGAUGCUUUUAUUGUUGAAAAUUAUUCGAUUCGUAGUGCUGCAUAUACGGCAUGGUCAUUAUUUAUGUCACAUAUUCAUCAAUCGGAUGAUAUUGAUCCUCAACAAUUGAAUAAUCGUUUAUUAAAACUUUUCUUAACACCAUUUCUAUCGGAUUGUACAUCGAAAAGUAAAUCAGCAUCAAUAUCAAAAUGUCAUGCAUGGAUUACACUUAUUUCAAUUUAUCCAAAAAAUAUUCAUGAUAUUAUUUUACCAUUUCUUUCAUUUGCAUUUGGUAAUCAUAUAUCAGCAAAAACACUAUCAACAACAACAGCUUGGUGGUCAGAAUGUCGUCAAAUCGGUGCACAAUUUAUUCAUGAUCUACUAAUUAAAAAUAAUCAUGGUGAAUAUAUUAUUCGAAUAGCUGGUGAUAAUAUACUUAAUUAUUUAUUUGAUUCAAUUGUUGAUCAAUUAUUAGAAUAUUCAACAAAUUUAACUGAAAAUGAUGAGAAAUCUUUAUGGUUAAUUAGUUGGAAUGCUUAUCUAAAUCAUUUAAUAAAUAUAUUUAAAUUAAAUAAUUCAAUCAAUGAAAAUCAACGUGUAGCAAUAAAUACGUGUUUAUUAACACGUAUAGAACAAUUAUGGAUUGAUUCAAGAAUUGAAACUCGUUUUCUUUUAAAACUAUUCGAAACUUUCGAACAAAUUUCAUUUCCAUUAGCAAUUGAAACUGUAUUACGUGAUUCAAGUGUACGUACAAAAACAUUAUCAGCCGCACAAAUUCAUCCAUCAUCAGGAAAUUAUAAAUCACAGGACAAAUCUUUAUCUUAUCAUACAACAUUAUCUGAUCAAUAUCUUCAUAUGAUGUUAGAACAUGCUAUUCGAUUUAAUGAUGAAGAUCAAACAAAUGAAGAAGCCUAUCUUCAUGUUAUAUCUUAUUUAAUUGAUACACUAUCAAAAACUUCGGAUGAAAAUUUUUGUUAUCAAACAAGUUCAUUAUUAUUAAAAUGUUCGGAUGAAUUAUCUCAUCAACCAAUAACAAUUCCAUGUUUAUUUUGGCAUAUAUGGUUUCGAUGUUCAACAAAUUUAAUUAAUAUUCUUAAUCGUUCAUUAACAUUUGAAUUAAAUAAUAAAAUUGAUAAUCAAAAACAAGAAACAUCGAUUGAAUUAUUACUUCGUCCAUUUGCAUUUAAUGAUAUUCAACGUCUUGAUUAUUCUUAUACAUUAUUAUGGAUACAAUUAUUCAAAGCAUUAUGUCGUUUAGUUUUAAUUAAUAAUGAUCAAUCAAAAAAUCUUUUAAUACAUUUACUUGUUGAAUUACUUCGAAAUGAACCAGCAUUUGAACAAGCUAUUAAUGAUCAACAUAAUCAACGUAUAUUUGGUUUUAUUUUAAUUAUAAUCAAAACUUUAUUAAAAACAUUUUCAGAUAUUGAUUUAUCAAGUAUAUAUGAUCGUUCAAAUAAUAAUUUUGUUCAUUUAUUUUCCAAUACACAAAAACGUUCAUUACCAUCAUCAUCAAUUAUCUUAUGUUUUACACAAUUAUCAACAUUAAUGAAUCAUAUUCUACAACGUUUAUUAUCCAAUAAUGAAAAUAAUACACAAUAUAUACUUGUUUGUUAUUGUUUAUUUAAAUCAAAUAAAAUUUCAUCAGCUGAACAAACAAAAUUAUUUGUAUUUACAUAUAUACGUGAUUUAAUUGUUGAUCUAUUAAAUUUAUGUAAAAUUUAUUCACAUUUAGAAAUUAUAUUUAAAAAUUUAACACAACUUAUACCAUUUCUUUAUUUAUAUGAACAAUCAAUAAAUAUAAAUUUAUCAUUAGGUUUAUCACCUAUAUCAAUUCAUAAACAACAAACAGAUAAUAUUAUAUUAAAUAAAAUUUUAACAAUUAUAUCAUCGGUAUUUGAACCGUCGAAUAGUUCAUCGCUAUUACAACUUAUAUAUCCAAUAUUAAUUCUUGCUUUUCAACAUCAUAAAACAAUCAUGAGAAAUAAAGCGAGAAAAUGUUGGAAUGAAACAUUUGGACGAAUGACAUUUAUUGUCUAUCCAAAUGAACUUAGAUUAUGCCUUCGAGAUUUAAAAGAUAAAGAACAUUUGUUAUUGCCAUGUUUUCUUGCUGAUCAUGAUAAUAGUAAUACCGCUGGUAGUGGAGCACAUCCAGGUAGUACGGAUGAAAGUCAAUUAUCACAGCAGAUUGAUAUUGCUACUCCAUUAAUCUCAACAGCAAUAUAUAAUCAACAAGUAUCAAAACCAUUUUUACCACCAAUGCCACCUAGUCGCUCGAUAAAUACUGAUAAAAAUGAACCUGUAUUUAUUCCGAUAAUGAAUAAUAUCAAUUAUAAUAAUCAAUCAAAAUCACCUGUUGUUAUUGGCAAACGUUUAUCGUCGGCAAAUUCUUGUUUAACAGAAAAACAAAAGGAAAAAUUACGUACACGUCAUGUUAUACCAUUACUUUGUGAUGAUAAUAGUAAUACACAAUCAAAUUCGUAUACAAUUGAUACACCAAUUAUUGAAAAUAUGAUGCGUAAUCAUCAAUUACGAAAUACAGAUUAUGAAAAUAAAGAAAUAUCAACAAGUUUACCUCUUUUUAAACAAUCAAUGUCUAAUAAUGUAUCACAAGAAAAUAAUACAACUAUUGAAAUAUCUUCUAAGGAAGUAGAAGAUAUUUCGGAAGAAUCUUCUACAACAAAGAAAUUACGUCGUUCAUGUCGUCCAUCGACACCAGCAAGAAAAAGUGUAAAUAAUAAUACAAGAAAAAAGCAAAAUAAUGAAUUAUCUACAACAACAUCGAUUGUUCCUGAUACACAAAGUGAACAAAUAAAACUACAUCCAAUAAAAAGUAUACUUAAACGAUUAUCACCAACAAAACCUCGACAAGAUCAUAAACGUCGUGUUGGUUUUCAUGAUCAAGUUAAAGUUUUAGUAUUUGCUUCUCCAUCACGUCGUGAUUUAAUUGCUCAACAGAAAAAGAAAAGUCCAAAUAAAGAUGAAAUGAAAUCACCAACAAGAAUAAUACCAAAAGAAAAUCUUCCAUUACGAAAACAACCAAUGUCAGCUAGACGUUUAAGUGCAAUGAAUAGUACGGAACAAUUCAUAAUACCACCAUCACCAAUGACUUCGAAUAAAACACGUUCACCGAAAUUAUUUCAUCCAAAUGAUGCUAUCGCUGAUUGGACACAAACUCAAGAAAUAUGUCAGUUACCUAUAAAUUCUAAUAAUGAAAAUCAAUCAUCCGAAAUAAAAAUUCUUGAUUCAAUUUUUCCAAAUUUAAUCAAUUGUGAUAAACCAGUCGAUACUCUUAUUAAUCUAUUAUAUGAUGGUUUAUGUCCUACAGAUGUUAUCAAUUAUUUUCAUUCAAAUAAAAUUAAUACUGUCGGUGAUGUAGCACGAUCUACAUCUGUUCAAAUUGAAACUUAUCCUAUUCCAUCACCGAAAGUAGUUAAUAUUGAAAAAGCACUUUCACGCUAUGAAGAACAUCUGAAUAAUUCUUCAUCUAUAAAUCAUACGCGUCAUUCUCUUCUGCCGACAGCUACUACGUUGGAAGAAAUAGGACCAAUCCAUAAUAAUACAUCUACAAAAGAAUUAUCUUCGAUACCAGUACAAAUGGUUAUAAAUUCACAAGAUAAACUCUAUGAUGUUGACACAUUAAUUGAUAGUCUUGAUUAUGAAAGAUUAUAUUUAAAUGACGAAGUACCAUCAUCAACUAAUCAAAUAGAUUCUCUACGCAUAAAACCUCAACUAAAUUUAAUAAAUGAACAAGAAUUUCUUUCGCCACAAAAACGAUGUCUUUCACCAAUGAAUGAAGAAAAUCAGAAUGAUGAAAUCUCACCUAAAAAACCAACAAUAGUAAAUCUAACACUCGGUGAUCGCUUACAACAAGCAGCAGAUAUAUAUAAAACAGAAGGUAUACUUCCAUUUAAUGAUGAUUACAUUGAAUUAGUUCGUCAAUUAUUUCAUAAUUCAUCAUUAACAAAUCUUGAACAAUUACAUUUAAAAACUUUAUUUCUUAAUCAUUGA